CCCUGUCUGCUGCAGAGGGAAGAGGGACCUAUAAGAGCGCCCGGCGGAGGACCGCCAUCUGUCAGUGCCCGCCUCUCUCCACGCGCAGACGGGGCAAUGACGUCGGCUCGCAUGUGCCUCCGGACCGGUCUGUGGGCCGCCUGCGCGAUUGCCGUCUUCCUGCGGGCAGCCGGCGGAGUACCGCGGCAGCUCAACGAGGGCGACAGGUGCCGCGACGGCGGUGCCUCCGGGCGGUGCGUGGCGGUGGGUGCCUGCGCCUCGGCCAGGCGCGCCCUGCGGCAGCGGCGGCCUCCGCCCCCGCGCUGCGGCUUCGUGGGCGACCAGGAGGUGGUCUGCUGCACCGAGGCCGCCAACGUCGUGGUCGGCGGCGGCGGGGGCGGCCGUCGCGGGGAGCGCCUCCACGGCAAUGGCCUCGACUACGACGACCCGCGCCGCGACGGCGACGGCGACGACGACGACGACGACGACGGGGAGGACAGCGACGGGCGCGACGGCAGCGCCGCGACUGCUGGCGGCCGCGACUUCCGCCGCCGGCAGCAGGCGGCCGCCUCGAAGCGGCGCAGCGACGCCGUGUGUGAGACCUACAAGGCGAUCCAGAACGGCCCCACCAACCACAUCCUGGGAGGCCACGACGCCCGGGACGAAGAGUUUCCGCACAUGGCUGCCCUCGGCUACCAGGUGCCGGGCAAGAAGGAGCUGAGCUGGCUGUGUUCCGGCUCCCUCAUCAGCGACCAGUACGUGCUGACGGCGGCCCACUGCUGCAACAACAGGGACAGACCGCCGCCUGUGAGGGUGCAGCUGGGCACGGCCAACCUGAGCUCCCCGAGGGCCGGCAGCGCGCGCUACGGCAUCAGCGACAUCGUCAUCCACGCGGACUACAGCAGGUCCUCGUACAGGGCGGACAUCGCGCUGCUCAGGCUGGACAGGAGGGUCUCGUUCAGCAGGACCGUCUCGCCGGCCUGCCUCUACACCAGGAGCGGCGACCCGCCGGCCGCUCUCACAGUCACCGGCUGGGGGGCCACCAACCCGCUGGGUACGAAGCAGAGUCGAGUUCUGCAAAAGGCCACCGUCCGGUCGCUUCCCUCCUCGCGCUGCCAGCAGUACAGGCAGCGGUUCCCAGAAGGCCUCGAUUCGUCUGUCGUCUGCGCUGGUGACCCACAAGGAGUGGCUGCCAUCUGUGACGGUGAUUCUGGAGGUCCCCUCGUAGCAAAGGAAGAUACCUUUACCUACUCGAUCGUCGGAAUAACCAGCAUAGGACCCAGCCCUUGCGGCGGAAACAUCCCGAGCCUGUACACCCGUGUUUCCAGCUACAUUGACUGGGUAGAAAAAUACGUCUGGCCAUAGAAUCAUUGGUUCUUCUGUGUGGUUCUUUCUUGCAACUCAGUACAAAUCUUUCGACUUCUUCAGCGAUACACCGUUUGGGAAAACAAGCAGAAGUGUGCAUAGCAGUCCUCGAUUGUGAAGUGUAACAUUAAGAAGUCUGUUUACUUGUGGCUGUAAUGAUGGUGCUUGUUGGAACGAGGUCAUUCAGUCACAAUCACAGUCACAUAGUUAUAGUAUGUGACGCCUGUGUGUCAACGAGUUGUUCAAGGUGACAUCAGUUUUUCGUAACAAGUAGUUUAUUUUUAUUUAUUUUUUGAAAGUAGAUGUAUGUGAAUAUGAAUACCGAAAAAGUAUUUUGAAAAUUUUCGACUCGUAUACAGUUAGUCCCAUUGGCCGAUAAAUAAAAA